AUGGAGCUGCCAUCGCCCUACGAGAUAUUGGGCAUUGAGAAGACGGAUAACCAGCAGGAGAUUAAACAAGCCUACCGAACAAUGGCACUCAAGUUCCAUCCAGAUAAGAACCCAUCUGCUGGUGAUAAGUUCCAAGAGAUAAACAAAGCCUAUCAAAUACUAUCGAAUGAAGACUCUAAACUAUUCUUUGACUCGUUUGGUUAUGAAGGUUUGAUACUUAACGAGAAACUCAACUCAAAGGGCGAGUACAACCUUAUGGAAUGGCUCAUAUCACUGGCGUUCAUAGCUAUAUCAAUCAUAUUAGAUUACUUCCUUGGCAUAUAUACUGAAUGGAUAUUCGCAUCGAUAUUCACACUCUACUUUAUAUACCUGACGAAACGAUCACCGGAACUAUCAUUCUUCUUAUUUAUCAUCAUCACCAACCUGAUAUUAUACUUCAUAUUGCCUACAAAGGUGCUGCCGACCAUCACCAAUAUAGUGAUCUAUGGCAUUGUCUUGUUGUGGCCCAACAUCUCCAAGAAGAACUCAUCCAUUACCAUCACUAUAUGGAUAGCUAUCAUUGCCUUUGACCUAUGGCGAGGCAUUCGAUUCGAACAUUGGAUCUGGCGAUUCCUCAGUCUCAACAUCAUCAUCUUUGGCAGUAUAAUCCUAAUGCUCAUGGGCAUCUAUGUUCUAAAGAAGCCAGAGACAGGUCCUGCCGUAUACUCUACCAUCUUCAAUCUAGUUAUGGGCGUACUAAAGAAGAACAUCAUGACGUUGAUAUUUGGAUUGUUCUGGGGACCAGUCUGGUUAUUAGACUACUUCUUUGACAGAAGGAUCGAAUGGCUCAUCCCAACAGUUAUAUUCAUUAUUAAGCUCAUUGUAUUCGAUGGCAAGUUAAAGAUAUUGAUACCGAUGAUGAUAUCAACAGCGGUGGUUUACUACUUUGUUCCAGGGACGCUAUAUCACUUUGCUUCAAACUACAUUAUUCAUCUGCUAUCACAUCUGUUGGUUUAUAAACUAAACAUUGUGUUGGCCGAGAGGAUCGAUGAUGAUGCUGGACCCGAAGAUAGACUGUCGUUGCAGAGGCCGCUUGGACAAUUGGUCAUGGGAAUCAUCUUCCUGGGCAUUCAAUACAUGUUGGACUACAGCACAGAGAAUUGGCGACUACUUGGCUCCAUGUCACUGGGCUACUCAUUCAUUCUUAUGAUCGAACUCUACUUCUUCUCCUUCUCCAUCAAGAGCUCAGAGGAGGAGGAGCUUCUAGCUCAACAUCAUCAACAUUCGCAUCAGCAUCAACAGCAUCAGCAACAACCGAAACAACAGAAAAAACAAAAGCAGCAACAGCAACAACAACAGCAACAACAACAACAACAACAACAACAGACACUGCCAGAAUUUGUACUUGGACCAUACAAUUUGUUUAAAUCUCCAAACUCAUCAUCAACGUCCUCCUCUUCCUCACCUUCUUCUGUAAAUAUGACAAAUGCAGCCAAUACAUCUGCACAUGCCGAACAGCCCACUGGCAUGACGAUCAAUAGACGAUCGACGCCAAGCAGUGCCAUGGACAAACGAUGUCAAACAUGCUUCAAGUCAGCCAAUCUAAAGAAGUGUGGAAGAUGCCAACAGGUCUUCUAUUGUUCAAAGGAAUGUCAGAUCAAGAACUGGAACUUCCACAAGUCCAUCUGCUCAGGCUUCUCGCCACAACAACAUCAAUCGUCUGUUGAUCAAAUUGAUUGA